UAGACAAUUGGUCAAACAGUUUAUCUGCAGAUCUAUCUGUAAUUCUUUUCUAUUUUCCAUUUUCUAUUUUAUUGGUUUUUUUCUGGGUUUUUGGUAUGUAAAUUUCUUGCUAACAAUCCUUGAGAUUCAGCACCUCUGUCUUAUCUUCCUGUUCUUGUUUCAUUUUAUUUGUAACUCAAAAACAGUACUGCUUAAUGGUGAGCUAACUUCAGGGUUUCAAUGGGUGAGAUAAAAGUGAAUAAAAUAGACAUACAUAUCCAAAGGAAAGACAGGAAUGAACCUUCUAGUCGGAUCGGUCCCGCAAUGCCUAGUUUUCUUGUGCAGCUCCGUGAGAAACUUCAAAAGUCUCUUAAGUCACAUUUGAAAAGAUCAGGAAAUAAUGAUGUAUGGAAGUCGGCAACCUCUCUCCUAGGGAAGGAUAAAGGAUCAUCUAAUGCCUUGGAGGUCGAUCUAGAGAAGCAAUUGCAAGUUUGGAAAGAAAAUCCCACUUGGGUCGAUCACUCCCCGGAGAUAAAGGUAACAGUGCCAAAAGGUUCUCUUUGCAACCUAAAUGUGGAAGUCAAUGUUGGCCUGCCCCCAGAUGCAGUAUACAAUAUUGUAACAGACCCCGAUAAUAAGAGGGUCUUCAAGAAUAUUAAGGAAGUAAUAUCAAGAAGGGUCUUGGUUGAUGAAGGUUCAAGGCAGGUGGUUGAACUGGAGCAAGCAGCUCUAUGGAGGUUCCUUUGGUGGUCAGGGACCAUUUCGGUUCAUGUUUUAGUAGAUCAGAACAGAGAAGAUCACACAAUGAAAUUCAAGCAAGUGAAAACGGGGUUUAUGAAAAGAUUCGAAGGCUGCUGGAAAGUGGAACCUUUACUCGUAGAUGAAAAAUUAUGUCACCCCUUUAUACCUGAAACUUUGGCAGACUACGUUACAUGUACGGGAGGGAAAGGAAGGGUUGGAUCAAAGGUUAGCUUAGAACAAAUCAUCCAACCAGCCCUCGUACCGCCCCCUCCCAUUUCCUGGUACCUUAGAGGAAUAACUUCAAAGACCACUGAGAUGUUGAUAAGCGAUUUGCUCGUUGAAACUGCUAGAAUUCGGGGAGAUUCUGAUGCGAAAAAUUCUACAGGAGAGAUUGGAGUAUCCGAUGAAUGUCCCGUGGAUGAAAUACUUGAUAUUAAACAAAGAUGGGCCUUGCGCAGAAAGAAUGCAAAACGAUUUCAUAGAAGUUUGCCUCUGCUUCUGAAUUGACCAACUUGUGAUUAAUUCAUAAAUUUUCUCGAGUUUCUUGUACGCAUUUCGGUGAAUUUGCAGUUGAGGUAUAAUCAUUUUUGUGGAAACAGAGGUGUAAUGUAACCAUUUGUAAUUUUAGGCUGCUUUCUAAAUUGUUUAGUAUGUUAAAUGAAUCCUAAUAAUGUAAUUUUGUAUGCUAGUUCUGAUAUACUAUUCAACCCUCUGUGUGUAUAUUGUGGUUC